ACACGGCCUUGGUGACGUGUAGCAGCCAUAUUGGAAUACUGCUGUUGACACGGGGUACUGACUCAGACGAAAUUAUUACCACCUAGGAAAGGUCCUCUGACAUUUCAAAGGGUGUACUGAUCACCAUUUUACCCCAGAAUGAGAGGCGUUACAUACAUAUAUUGCACUGUCGCUAGUUUGUUUUGGCUAAGCGAGGCAUUCUAUUUGCCGGGUCUUGCCCCUGUCACGUACUGUGAAGAAUCUGAACGACCAGCAACUUGUAAGUCCAAGGUCCCAGUCUUUGUGAACCGCCUUAAUUCUUUGGAAACAGUUGUGCCUUAUGAGUACCAGAGUUUUGACUUCUGUGUUGAUGACAAACCAUCAUCUCCAGUCGAGAACUUAGGACAGGUGGUGUUUGGGGAGAGGAUAAGCUCAUCUCCUUACUCAUUUACUUUUAAGAAGAAUGUGACAUGCCAGUCUGUGUGUAGCAAGGAGUACAAGAAGGGGGAUCAGGCGUCAGUGAAGAAGCUCAACUUCCUGCGCCGUGGUAUUGCCCUCAACUACAUGCAUCACUGGAUUGUGGACAACAUGCCCAUCACCUGGUGCUACAUCGUAGAGAACAAUAAGAGCUACUGUUCAACCGGAUUUCCAAUUGGCUGCUUUGUCACCUCCCAGGGAAGACAGAAGGAUGCAUGUGUCAUGAAGGCUGAUUUCAAGGAUGCCAACACUUACUAUGUGUUUAACCAUGUUGACAUCACCAUUGAGUACCAUUCUGGCACUAAUGAAGAAUGGGGUGUUGAUCUUGGUGACAAGGGUGGGCGCAUUGUCAGGGCUAAGCUGGAACCCAGAAGUAUCUUGCACAACAAGAAGGGCGCAGAAGCUUGUGCAGGGAAUGCUCCAGUGAAAGGCGUCAAGGGAGGCGACAUGUCCGACAAUAUCAAAAUUGACUACACCUACUCCGUUUACUGGGUGGAAAACAAACAGAUCAAAUGGUCGUCCAGAUGGGACUACAUUCUGGAGUCUAUUCCCCACACAAACAUCCAGUGGUUCAGCAUUAUGAACUCGUUGGUGAUUGUACUCUUCCUGUCUGGUAUGGUGGCCAUGAUCAUGCUGAGAACUCUCCACAAGGACAUCGCAAGAUACAACCAGAUGGAUAGCUCGGAAGAUGCUCAGGAAGAAUUUGGGUGGAAGCUUGUUCAUGGAGAUGUUUUCCGCCCCCCACGUCAGGGAAUGCUUCUUGCAGUCUUCACAGGCAAUGGUGCUCAACUCUUCUGUAUGACGUUCAUUACACUGGUGUUCGCCUGCCUUGGUUUCUUGUCUCCUGCCAAUAGAGGUGCUCUCAUGACUUGUGCUAUGGUGCUGUAUGUCUGCCUUGGGACACCAGCUGGCUACAUCUCUGCCAGGAUCUACAAAAUGUUUGGAGGAGAGAAGUGGAAGUCCAAUGUGUUGCUCACAUCCUUUUUUGUCCCUGGUGUGAUAUUCGGUAUCUUCUUCAUACUGAACCUUAUUCUGUGGAUCAAGGGUAGCAGUGCUGCCAUUCCCUUCACCACCCUUCUUGCACUGUUGGCUCUCUGGUUUGGUAUCUCUGUGCCACUCACCUUUGUCGGAGCGUACUUCGGCUUCAAGAAAAGGCCCAUUGAGCAUCCAGUUCGCACCAAUCAAAUUCCCCGUCAAAUCCCAGACCAGACCUGCUACACGAAGGCCCUGCCUGGGAUCCUCAUGGGUGGAAUCUUGCCUUUCGGCUGUAUCUUCAUCCAACUGUUCUUCAUCCUCAACAGUAUCUGGUCCCACCAGACCUACUACAUGUUUGGUUUCCUCUGCCUGGUGUUCAUCAUCCUCAUCGUCACCUGUUCAGAAGCCACUGUCCUUCUGUGUUAUUUCCAUCUGUGUGCAGAGGACUACCACUGGUGGUGGCGGUCGUUCCUGACAAGUGGUUUCACGGCAGUGUAUUUCUUCAUCUACUGCAUCCACUACUAUGUGUCAAAGCUGGAGAUGGUGGGGGCAGCCAGUAUGAUUCUCUACUUUGGAUACACUGUCAUCAUCGUAUUUUGCUUUUUCUUGCUCACAGGUUCAAUUGGUUUCUUCUCAUGUUUCUGGUUUGUGACAAAGAUCUACAGUGUGGUAAAGGUGGAUUAAGCCUUUAGCAGUCCACGUGGGAAGGGAACCUGAUGAGAGGGACUACCUUUGGGAUUACAUCACUUCAUGCCUGUCACGAGUGCAGAACACAAGCAGUAGAACCAUUGUGCACAAAACAACUAUGGAAAGUCAUAGUGCAUGGAAAAAACUGAUUUAGACUGAGUAAAUGAAGAUGAACCUAGCCCUCUGAAAUACAUGAGCAGCAAGUCUGAGAGGACCAUGCAUAUCAGGCAGUGUUGAGGCUUAGUGCAUCUGUGGGACAAGUGACAGUGUGGUUCAUGUAUGCAUAAUUUAUAUUCACCAUAUUUUUUUUAGCCAUCAUGUGUACAUACUAUAUGUAGCAACUACUCGGGGCUUCAUACUGAGUUUUCUUCCUGAGUUGCCUUGCAAAUUAAUGAGUAGACAGCUUGACUGAGAAUUUUCUGAAAGUCCCAUUGUGAUUGCCAAUGUUUAUUUGGAGACUGUUUAUACUGAGUGGAUGAACAAGUAGCAACAUUUUGUGCAGAUCCAAGAUUACUUCAGUGCACAUACAGACUAACCCAGUUAGUGGAGAGCACUCGGCAUAGUCAAUACAUUCAAAUAAGGUGAUGUUCGUGAUCCAAGACUAUCGCACACAGAUAUAACUAAUAUCCAAAUGGAACUUGGGGCUCAACAUUUAGUAGUUCUUGUUGAGUUCAAAGGCUUAAAGUGUACAGUUUAGUUUAAAAAAUCAAAUAUUCUCUUUGAUGAAGAAAGCUAUGUAUGUAUGCAAAACUAGCCAAAUACUGUUUUGGAAUAUUUUAUGAAUAUUAUCUUUGAAACCAGUUGUCUGAAAUAGAGAUAAACAGAAAGAGACACAGCAACUCCACAGAUAGGUUCAUUGGGAGCAGUAUGCAUGUGAAAACAACUUGUUAAACUAUACAUGUGCUAGGUUUUUGUAAACCGACUCUGAUGUGUCAAUACCUGUAAUGUGGUGCCUGAUAAACUAUUUCCCGACAGAUGUGUGAUGCCCUAUAUGUCAUACCACACUAAUGGCCAGAUAGGUUAUCCAUCAAUGGGAGCUCUAUCCUUGUCUUGCCAUGCUGGAGAUACCAGAAUUGUGGCAAGCCAGACACCAUUCCUUCUUGGCAAGAAUAACCCAUCUCCUUGCUUAUCAAGUCAAACAGAGGGGGAUCUCAUGAUGUCGGAGCUUGAAGUAACUCUUGCUUCUUACUGACCAGUUAGUGUCUGCACAUCUGUUGGUUAAUGUACUGUAUUGUUCAUGUUAUAUAAAUCUGUAUAUAUUCAUUAGACUUGUACAUCUACUGAGAGUUAUUUGUAAAUUUUGCGUUAUUUUGUUAUUGAAGAAAUCUAUUCAUGUGUCAUGUGUACAAAAUAUGCCAUCCAAGACACCCAUUGUUAAGAGUAAAUGUUUUAUUGAAGUCCAUAACGACAAUGUGCAAACCAUAAGUUGAGUCACACUACUCACAUUCUGCAAUACAACUUUACUAAAUAACAUGGUCCAGAUUUUAUGUUGGGUAUUAUCUGUUAAGUAUUAUAUUUGAGACACUUCGGGUUUUAAUUUAGUUAUUUUUUUAACAAACUGAAUCAUUGUGAAGUUGAAUUACAUGAGUGUGCAUUACAAUAUCAUUGUCCAUUGCUUCUAUCACUUGAAUGAGUUGUGUACAGGCUGUUAAAAUCAUUGUACGCAUGUGGCUUAAUAUACAGCAAGUUUAAUGCUUUGGGACCUGAUUACAUGGAUAAAUUAUGGGUAUAUAUUUUUCUUGUUGAUAUUGCAAUGAGUGAAGGUGACUGUGAUUUGACUGAUAUGUAAAUAUAUGCACAUGUUACAUCAAAUCUCUGGUGUGGACAACUUUUUAUAUGUGGGAGAAUAACACUGGUAAUAAACUUGGACUAACAUU